AUGGCCCAGCGGGCAGUGUGGCUCAUAAGCCACGAACCGGGAACUCCUCUUGGUGGCACUGUGAGAUUUUCCAGGCAGAAUCCAACUGUAGAAAAACAAGCCAGAAUCUUCAAUGGAGCAAGUUAUGUGCCUAUUCCCAAAGAUGGUCCCUUUCUUAGAGCAGUACUCUUCAAACUUAGAUUAUUGGAUGAUGAUGAAGACUUCAUGGAGAGCCGUGAGAGUUGUUCACACAUCAGUAAAACGUCCAUCUAUGUCAUUGUAGGAGGUGAAGAGCUCUGGUCGGUUGUUGCUUUUCUAAAGAAUAGCAUGAUAGAUGCUUGUAUUCCACUAGUUGAGCAAACUCUCUCCCCUCAUCCACUGUUAACUAACUUUAGUGGAAUUUCACAAGGCUUUGAACUGCUUUUUGGGAUACAAGAUUUUCUUUACUCAGGUCAAAAAAGUGACAGUGAGUUAAAUGCAAAAUUGAACCAGUUACCUGACCUGCUUCUGUAGGCGUGUCCAUUUGGCACUUUAUUAGAUGCCGACUCGCAGAAUUCACUGGAUAAUAUUAACUUUGCUUCUGUGACCCACCCACACAGACAGCCAGCCUGGAGAGCUGGGACAUACAAAGGACAACCACAGGUUUCUAUUUCCAUCACACAAAAGGUAAAGUCCACACAAUAUGAUGAACAGGAUGUAGUGGAUACCUGGCAAGUUGGAACACGUGCUUGCAAGUGUGAUUUGGAAGGAGUCAUGUCAAAUGUUACCAUCAGCUUGAGUCUCCCCACCAAUGGAUUGCCACUUCAAGAUGUUCCAGUUCAUCCUUCUCUUGACUCUGCCAUUCUUACUUCUAGUAGCAUUGAUGCAAUGGAUGAUUCUGCAUUUAGUGGGCCUUAUAAACUUCCAUUCACUCCACCUUCAGAAUCAUUCCACUUGUGUCACUAUUCUUCCCAGGUCCCUAUCCCACCAAUUUUGGGUUUUUAUCAAGUGAAAGAGGAAACAGGAAACGUACAACUAAAAAUAGCAAUUAAUUUAAAACUUCAUGAACAUGUAAAAAAUAAUUUUGAAUUUUGUGAAGCUCAUAUACCCUUUUACAAUAGAGGUCCAAUUACACAUUUGGGAUACAAAGUUAGUUUUGGCCAGCUUGAAGUAUUUCGAAAGAAAAACUUAUUAAUCUGGGUUAUUGGCCGGAAGUUUCCAAAAUCAAUGGGAAUUAAUCUUUCUGGAACUAUAACUUUUGGAACCAAGAAUCAAGAGAAGCAGCCAUUUGACCAGAUUUGUAUUGGAGGUACAGCAUAUUUAAAGCUUCAUUUUAAGAACUUAGAUUGCACACUCACUGGGUGUUAUGCGGAUCAGCAUUCAGUUCAAGUUUUUGCAUCAGGAAAACCAAAAAUAAGUACACACCGGAAACUAAUUUCUUCUGAUUAUUACAUCUGGAAUUCUAAAGCACCUGCUCCAGUAACAUAUGGAUCAUUAUUACUAUAAUUUUCUCACAUUUAAAUGGAAUUUAUAUAGUGAUAGCAUAGCUUCAGUG